AUGCAAACAGGCGAUAACCGGAGACCCACGCCGAAACCAAACCCGGGGAAAGUGGGUCGUUUGGUGACUGUCAAUGCACUCUUAUCAGAGGGGGCAUAUGGGGCCAAUUCUAUCUUCGCCCUUUACUCAUCCGCUGUCUUCUGCACCAUGCCUCAGUCUACUCGGCGGUCCGCCACCGCGACACGGAUGUUGGCGAACAAAGAUUGUCCUCCAAAGACCCCGUCGGCACGCAUCGAAGAGCUUGAAGGUCGCCUGGCACAGUAUGAGAAAGCAAAAUCAACUCCCCAAACUCACACUGUCAUCGCCGCCGAUGCAUCUCUAAGCUCCAGCCAUAUUUUCGGCUCGAGAGUUCAAGAUCUACUGGAAAACCCAAGGCCACCGCCAUAUGAGAGAACGCCGCCCCCGUCAGACACCAGUAUGUCGGAAAGGCGUCAAGCAUCACUGGCCUCCUGGCAUCCCACUCAGCAUGGGAGCCUCGGAUACCCACAAUUUCCCAGUGAGGAUGAGGCAUAUCGGCUUUUGGGCGUGGUAAACCUUAUUAUCGGCCAGACGCAGCAUCAUUUCGACGUUCGUGAUUUCUCGGAUCGACUGGGUGUAUUCUUCGCCGAUCGAACGGAUCCUACGCGGACAUCGGCUCUUUGGUACUUAGAGAUGAUUCUUGUGUUUGCAAUCGGGAAGCUUUUCGGAGGUGACUUUGACGGUGAUCCAAUGCCGGGAUCCUCGCUAUUCGAUUAUGCUCACAGGGCUCUUCCCAGUCUGAGUGAACUCUACUCCCAUGAAAGGAUUGGCGUUGAGGUUCUUGGGUUGAUUGCGGUCUAUCUCCAGAAUGCAAGUCGCAAAGAAGAGGCUUAUAUUUAUGUGCGUUCAACCCAGCCUAUUGUCUUGGUCAUCUCGAUCCUGACACUCCCCUAG